AUGUCCUGCGAAGAAGAAGUGCUCAAGAUUGGAAAGAAACUCAACAAGCUCAUUGAGUCUCAAAGGAACGAUGAAGCACUCGAUGUCCUCGGAGCGCUUUCAAAAAUGCCGAUCACUGUCGAUAUUCUUUCCAAAACACGAAUUGGAAUGACUUUGAAUGAACUUCGCAAAAAAACUAACGACGAGAAACUUGCAAAGAAAGCGAAAACACUCAUUAAGGAUUGGAAGAAUUUGGUUGACAAUGGUGGCACGAAAGAUGCAAAGAAUGGAAAAGACGAAAAGAGCAACACAAAUGCUUUGCGCCGUAACGAUUCAUCGUCUUCGAGUUUGGCUCAAAAAGUUACCACUCCUGCUCCCACCACCACAGCGCCUCUCAAGUUGCCUACAUCUGCUGCUGCAUCUUUUUCUGGAAGCUUCCCACCUAAACAUUUGGAAACGGACGAGUUCCGAAUUAAAGCUUGUGAAAUGUUGCUUCAAGCUCUCAAGUCAGGUGAGCUUCCAGACGGUACACUUGACCCUGAAGAAAUGGCCAUCAAGAUUGAGGACAAACUGUUUGCCGUUCACAAGAGCUCUGGUGAUAAGUAUCGUGGCUCACUCCGAUCUCGCGUUUUCAACUUGAAGAAAAAUACUGCUCUCAGGGAAAAUGUUCUCACUGCGGUUGUUACGCCAGAAAAGUUUGCCACUAUGAGUAGCGAAGAAAUGGCAUCAGAAGAAAUCCGAAAAGAGAGGGAGAAGUUUACCCAAGAAGCUAUCCGUGACGCUCAGGUUUCCGUUCAACAAGGUACUCCAUCCGAUAUGUUCAAAUGUGGAAAGUGCAAGAAGAACAACUGUACCUACAAUCAGCUUCAAACUCGCUCCGCCGACGAGCCAAUGACAACUUUUGUUUUUUGUCUCGAAUGUGGUAAUCGCUGGAAGUUUUGC